AUGGCCACGCCGCACCCCGCCGCCUGGCCCGGCGACGACAGCUUUGGACCACUUCUACCUGGCCAUGGCGACCUGACGCUCGUCUUUGAAAACAUUGUGCUCGCCAUUAUUCCCGCGGCACUGGUCCUGCUCCUCACGCCCCUAUGUCUGCAGCGGGCCUUUCGCGACCGCGGGUCCUGCAGUAUCGCCUGGACCUUUUAUGUAGAAAUUGUCCUGGUCAGCGGUUGCUUUGCCACCGAGCUCCUCGCCACGGACAUCUGGGGUGCAUCGUCGUAUGUACCGCGUUACGCUUCCAAAGCGUCCGCCCUCAUGUGCCUGGCCGCUGUUUGCAUGGGUGCCGUGCUCUUACUCGGACGCAUCCGUGGCCAUUGGCCUGCUCUUCCGAGCGUGUAUGCAGCCACAACUGCGCUGUUUGACCUUGUCAGGAUGCGCUCAUACAUCUUGCGCAAGAUGCGCGUCAUGGCGGCUGUGUGCCUGGCGACCACGCUGAUCAAGGCUCUCUUCGUCACCUUUGGUCGGAUUUCGUAUCAGCUGCAGUCUCGCAGCGCGCUGCUCCGCAGCCAUUCCGUUUUGGACUGGGUCAUUUUGACACUUUCUUUGGGGUUCAAAAAUACGAUUGAUCUGCAGGAUCUACCAGAGCUGGAUCCCCAGUCGAGGUCAGAGGUUCUCUUUCCUCAAUUGCAGGCACACUGGGCCAAAAGAAACCCAAAUUCUCGCCGGCCGUUACUCAAAGCCUGCUUUGAUACACUGCGCUGGGAAUUGGCCAAACUGCUGCCAUGUCGCCUUGCAUCUUUCGGAUUUACAUUUUCGCAGCCCUUUGUAAUUCAAUACGUCUCUUUACUGGUCAAGCAUGGGCAUCUUCCACCUGAUGUUGUUGGCAGGGUUACAAUCAUGACGGCUUUGCUGUUUCUUGGUAUUGCUAUCUCCAAAGGCUACUAUCGACAACUCUGUCAUCGUGUGUCAGCCCUCUUGCGAGGAAUACUCGUUUCGGCAAUUUUUGAAACGUCCUUGCGCCUGGACUGUGAUGUCCUCAGCAGAAACGAGGCAUUCAAGAUCAUGGAUACCGACUUGAUUACUAUUGAAGAAAUGCCGGAGCGAUUUUGCAAUCUCUGCAUCAGCUUUGCCGAGGUUAGCUUUGGCACCUAUCUGCUCUUCAGCUAUGUUGGCCUGUGGUGCUGCCUUGUCCUUGUCCCGGGAGCUUUCGUUGGUUUCGUUGCCGCAAAAAUGGCGUACUCCAAGGCGGCGGCCAAGCAAGCCUGGAGCGACAAGACUGGGCACCGCGUGGCUGUCGCCUCUAGUGCCAUUGCUCAACUCCCUGGCAUAAACGCCAUAGGGCUUGCAUCUGUGGUAGCAUCUCAUAUACAAGAACUACAUGACGCAGAAGUUCAAUGUUCGUUCUACGACAGAAAGCUGCGUGUCGUCACGCAAAUUAUAAACGUGUUUGCUGAGAGCAUCACCCCAAUGCUGGUCCUCAUCGGUUCCAUCUCUUCGCUCGCGUUUCCCAGUGCGCAUUCGGCUUCUGAAGUAUUCGCAAUCAUGUCUCUCGUUUACCUAGUCUCCUGUGCCAUGACCACAAUUCUUCUAGAGGUAUCUCGCCUGGCUAUUACAAUUGCUUGUUUCGACAGCGUUGAGAGAUUUAUGCUGCGCGAGUCCGUCAAGGGCCUGUCCAUGGACUUUGUAAACAAACGCACCGAGACAACUGAAAUUGGCCGGAUAUACUCCUCUUGGCAUUUCCGUACUCCGGAACUAAAAAAAGCCACUCUUUUGCGCCCAACAAGCUCGACUCCGAUCCUGCAAGAUGUCUCCAUUCGGUUUGCUCCUGCCGGCGUCACCAUGGUUUAUGGUAGGGCCGGUUGUGGCAAAUCGUCUCUGAUGAAGGUUCUGCUAGGCGAGAAGCGCUUAGACGGGGGCAUGGUCACCAUGCCGCCUGGGCCUGGCGCCUACUGCAAUGACACGCCUUGGCUCGUUGGCAAGGACAUUCGUGCAACCAUUCUUGCACAGCACGAGUACGUCGAGGAGUGGUAUGAGAGAGUUGCUUGGGCCUGUCUCAUAAGUGAGGCCGAAGAAUGGCCAAACAAAAGGAUGGUACAAGAGGAAGACAACGACUUAGACGUCGGGCAAAAACUGCGUGUGCAGCUGGCCAGAGCAGCCUACGGGAGGCCGAAUCUUCUGAUACUGGAUGAUCCCUGCCGCGGGCUUGACGAAGAGUCUGCCAUGGUCGUCUUGGACCGCCUCUUUGGUCCCGGCGGCGUCAUGCGCCUACUAGGAAUAACCAUCAUCAUCUCUACCAGCAAUCCUGCACACCUUGCACUCGCCGAUGUCGCUUACGAACUAGACGGCCAGGGACACGUCGAAACACUUGAGCGUCCGACUCGAACCUUGAUGACAAGCGUACCUAAAGACGGCCAUCGCUCGCACACCCGUGCAAUGUACGAGCCUGGGGCCUUGCGUCGGGAUGAAACUGGAUCAAAAGAUGCUCCAAACGGUCACGAACAUGACAUUUGGCUGUACUGGUUUCUGGCAGAGUCGGCAGGCUGGAAGGUGACUCUGCUCAGCCUUUUACUACUCAGUUGGACGGCCUUUUCGGAACGACUUUCACCUGUCUAUAUACGCAUAUGGCUUUCCACGGAACCGAACAUGUCGUCAUGCUUUAUAGGCUAUGCAAUCGUGACCAUGUUUCCAACUAUUCUGGCAGUCAUAUCCAUCAGCCUGUUCAACCUCAAAUUCGCCCCAGCAUUGUCCCGCAGUCUGCAUCAGGAUCUGGUCGAGUUUGUAUUUCGCGCGAAAACCGCAUAUCUGUCCAAGACAGACAUUGCCAAUUUGAUCGGCUUCUUCGGCCAAGACAUGUCACUGCUAUCGCACGAUUUGCCAAGAUCUCUACUCGAGGUGGUGCAUCUAGCCACCCUGGUCAUGUGCGACCUUUUCAUCCUCGCCUCGUGCAACAUCUACAUUAUCAGCAUCGUAGCCAUGUUUCCAGCGACGAUUUUUGGCAUGCAACAUCACUAUCUGGGUAUCUAUCGCCGGGUGCAAUCUCUGACCCAAGACGCUGCGGCCCCUCUUCUCGCCCACUUUGAACACACAGCCCAAGGCAUCAUUCACAUUCGAGCCAUGAGGUGGGAAUCUGCUUUUUUGGAGAGAUGCCACAAACUCGUCGAUGAGUCGCUGAGGCUUCAAUAUGCCUUGUAUUGCAUGGAGUGCUGGUUUCAUCUCGUAAUCGACAUGUUUGUUGCUUUCCUGGCCACGAUCUGCAUCGGCACAUCCUUGUGCAUGGCGGAUACAAUGUCUGAAACGUCCAUCGGCCUAACAAUGCUGACCCUGGUCUCGUUUGGGCCCAUACUUUGCCGUCUCUUUGACAAAUGGGUGAAGUUGCAACCAUCUUUGGCAGCGCUGCAUCGACUGAAAGUCGUCGUCGAGGCGGCAAAGAAGAUGACAACAGAAACGACACAAAAACAAGACAAGAGGGACUACAGCGAUUGGAAGACGGUUACAGGGCGUCUCGACCUAUACGCCGUCACGGCGGUCUAUGACGGAAGCUCGACGGAUAGCCAUGUUGUGCGAAACGUUUCACUCCAGCUGCCGAGCGCAGCCAAGCUUGCCAUUAUUGGCCCGCCUGGAAGCGGCAAGUCUGCGCUGCUGCUAUCCAUUCUGACCCUUUUGGACUAUUCGGGUGCCAUUUACAUUGAUGGUACCAAUGUGCAGGCCAUUCCUCCCGAUGUGCUGCGUGCAAGCAUCAUCACGCUCCCGCAAGGCGGCGUCGAGCUGCCCGGAUCGAUUCGUCGAAACAUGGAUCCUUGGGCAACGUCGCAGCACUCGUUUAGCGAUGCCGAGAUUCAUGCGGUAUUGGAACGUGUGGGUCUCGAUGAACUGGUUCAGUCCUGCGGUGGCUUGAGCACCGACUUUGCCUCUGCGAGCCUGUCUCGGGGCGAGAAACAGCUGCUCUUCCUCGCCAGGGCUAUUCUCCGCAAGGAAUACCUGCAGGCACGUCUCGUCUUGGUUGAUGAUGUAACGAGCGGGAUUGAUGACGAGACGGCCGAUCGCAUUCAGGAGAUUAUCGAGACUGUCUUUGCGGACUGUACUGUCGUCAUGGUGACGAGUCGCAAGGGAGCUCUUGUCAACAUGCAGAGAAUCAUUGAGAUGGACGAGGGAAGAAUCGUCAACAUGAUUGACCGUCCGCGAUAUCAAAAGCAGGAAUCAGAGGAUUUUGUGUCUGAGUAUUUAGAAUUUUGA